AUGGCUUUCCAAGUGAGACAGCCCAAGAAUCGAGAACUUCUCGGCGGAGACCUUCUCGCUCAGUCCCUAGCUCAUCUCGGCGCAACAACUGCCUUCGGCAUUCAUGGCGGGCACCUGGACAGCUUCCUCAUCGCCGCCGUCGAAGCCGACAUCAAGCUCAUAGACGUGCGGCACGAGACCGUCGCCGUCCAGGCCGCCGAAGGCUGGGCCAAGGUCAAGGGCAACGACGCCCCCGGUGUUUGCUUCAUAACAGCCAACUCUGGCUUCUGCAACGGCCUUCCGGGUCUCAGCACCGCCUUCGCGGACCGCUCCCCGGUAUUCUGCAUCACGAGCUCGCCGCCGCUGCGCGAUGCGGAGACGAAUACCCUCCAAGGGUUCCACGACCAGGUCGUCCUGGCGAAACCCGUGACGAAGUUUGCGCACCGGGUCACGAACGGCAGCGAGAUCCCGCGCAUCGUGAGCUUGGCUUGGAGAGCGACGACGGCGGGGGCGCCUGGGCCGGUACUCGUGGAUUUUCCCAUCGAUGUGCUCUUCACGCCCGUAGAGAUUGAUAGCGUGGCUUGGGGGUCUAUCACCGCGCCGCCGGUUUCGCUUCCCGCCCCUGAUGCCGGCGCGGUCGAGCAGGCGAUGAGACUCUGGGGUGAGGCGAAGCGCCCCGUGAUUUUAGUCUCGACUGGCGCAGGGAGGGCCGCGGACGACGUAGUGAAGCUCGCAGAAGCGACGAAUACUCCGGUUUUCCACUCACCCAAGUUUUCUACGACCAUCAAGCGCUCGCAUCCUCUUUUCGGCGGCGUGGCGACUCGGCUUCCGUUCUUACGCGCUCAGGGACCGGCUCCGGAUUUUGUUCUUCUGCUGGGGGCCAGGACUGGCUUCUUGAUCGGCGGUAGGAGCGGUGCGAUUGUGCCGAACGAGAGUGAAGCCAAGGUUGUGCAGGUCGAUCUGGACGGGAGCGAGAUUGGGCGCUCGAGAAAGAUCGAUGUCGGUAUCGUAUCGGAUGUCGGGCUUGCAGCUCAGGCUCUCACAGCUGAGGCAUCCAAGUCGUCCGUCAGGGCCACAAGUGAGUGGGUGGAAAAGGCCAUGGCGUUGAAGAAGCCGAGCGUUCACUCAGCCGGAAAUGAAGAGGACCCGGUGAUCAUCGAGGAAAACGACCGGAUUCACCCCUACCAUGGCGUGAAGGCCUUCUUCCAAUCUCUGCCCGAAGACAGCAUUCUCUGUAUGGACGGUGGCGAGGCGGGACUGUCAAUGGUGACGACUGGAUAUCUAGGCUUCUUAGGCAACGGAUUUGGAUACUCGCUUGGCGCCGCCGUUGCCGCGCCAGAUAAGCUAGUCGUCAACCUCCACGGAGACGGCAGCGCAGGCUUCCACAUUGGCGAGCUCGACACCUACGCCAAGUUCGGCCUCAACAUCCUCACAGUCGUGGUGAACAACAGCGUCUGGGGCAUGUCGCAGGCCGGACAGAACAUGAUUUACGGGGAGAAGACGCCGCAGCGGCCGUGCGUGGCGAUGAACCCCAAAGUCAAGUACGAAGUCGUCGCGCAAGGGUUUGGGUGCGAGGGGGCGGUGGUGGACGUCGUCAAGGAGAAUGGCGCCAGCGACGGGCCCAAGACGUUGGAAUCCGUCAAGGUUGCGGUGAGGACAUUGACGAGCGCGAGGCAGCCUUCGUUGCUGAAUUUGAAGGUGUCUGAUGUGCCGUAUCAGAAUACUACAAAGGCCAUGGUCGGAGGAAGCAGUGAUCCCAACAUCAUUGUCGUACCAUAUUACGACAAUCUUCCCAGACCGUACUAUAAGAAGUCUGGGAAUGGUGUGGCUGCGUCUGUGAAUGCAACUUCGGUGUCGAAGGAGGAGAGCUUCGUCGAAGGCCACGGUACAAUUCAGUAA